UGUUGCCUCAUUAAAUUAGGGAAAAUGUCGUGAAGUGAUGUAGGUCAAAAGGCGCAGAGUGGAGAGGUUCCUGUGACUCCAGCACCACCAGCUCAGCUCAGCAGACACCAGCAGGGAAAGCCACGAGCUGGUUUUGCGCAUGGUCAGUUUCACCUCAGCCUCUCUCUCUCCCCCUCUCUCUCUCCGUCCUCUUCACUCAUCAUCAUCCAGCAGCAUCCAUCUCUCCGGAUGUCCACAGCCGUCGGAUUCCUGUCUGGUCGCGCCCUGGGCACCAGGAUUUAGCUGGUUUUAACUCUCCAUCACAGGGAGAAGUGUCAGCGCCACAGUGAUGACAGGGAGAAGAAAUGGGAAUGAAUAACCAUGAAGCGAGGAUAAAGCCGAGUGGAGGUCCAAUGAAGACAUGAGCACAUAUCGAUGGAGUCCUCUUUCAACACCGUAGAGCUCCGGGAGCUGCGAGGGAGCGGAGCCCGGCGAGGCCCAUCUCCGACACCGACUUCAGCACCCUGGACAGCAGCGACGCUGGGCUGCUCCGCCCGGGGCUUUGAGAACGCCUCCUACGAGCAGGAUGAGGAGCAGGACCUCCGUCAGCAGGAGCAACAGCCGACGAGUUAUCCGCCUUCCACAUCAGGAAACAGUAAGGCGCUGGUGUUCCUGGUGAGUGGGAUCGUCCUUGUGGUAAUCGCCUACACCAUCCCACGGGAGCCCAAAGUCGACCCUGACUCGGUUUCGGCGCGACAGAUGGAGAAGCUGGAGAUGUACUACGCCCAGCUUGGCUCCCACCUGGAUAAGUGCAUCAUCGCGGGCCUGGGCCUGCUGACCCUGGGAGGGAUGUUCCUGUCCGUGCUGCUCAUGGUGUCCAUCUGCCGCGGCGAGAUGUACCGACGCAGGGCGGCAUUCGUUCGACCCAAGAGGACUUACGGCUCCAUCAACCUGAGGAUGAAGCAGCUGGCGACUGGAGAGGCGAGGUUAGGUGAGGGCGGGGAUGGAGGCGAGGAGGUUUUGGUGGAAUGCGCAGAGACGCGGAAUAACGUACAGCCAGAGCCGAGCCGGGACUCCAAAUCAGUACCGGGACCAAGCAAAAACCCUCCUCCUUCUCUUCCUGCUGCUUCUUCUUCUUCUUCUUCUGCUGCACGUGGAGUCAACUAGCUCCACCCUCUGCCUUCCUCUGCGCGAUCCCCCAGGUGCAUUAUGGGGAUGCAGGUCGCCCGUUUGUGCCGAGGGGAGAACCCCAUCUUAAGCAAGAGACUUCCUGCCGGAGCUGUUACCCGGCUUGUAGGGAUGAACUGAGCUUAAGGGAUAUUUAUUCUGACCAAUCACAAGGGAUGUAUGACUUUACAAAAGAGGGCUCAACUGGGUGGAAGACGAGAGGUAAGCCUGUGGCAAUGUGGAUAAGAGCACAUGUGGACAUGAACGGAUGCAUAUCAAAGAUUAAAAUGAAGAUUUUGAAUCCUAGUAUGUUAAUCAGAUUAAUACAAUAUAAAGCACAUUAUGAUAUAAAGCACCGCAGAAAGUAAGAUGAACAUUUUAUUGUGAAAAUUCUUUACUGAUGCUGAAAGGAAGUUCGGUAAUUAAAUCUAGCCAUAUUUGAAGCCCUGACCAGCAGGUUUACCUUAACACACUCACACUAAAUACUCGGCUUGCAACGCUGCUGUGAAUAGCACUAUAACAGACUUCACAGUAAAUUACUGGAAAAGAAAGAGCAACUCGCAGUCGUACAAAAAAACAGAGGCAACAGUUUUGAAAGCUUGGCGACGUUCACCUCCAUUAAUACAGAAGAUUAACAGCAGAAAACCCUGAAAAAAGCUUAAAAUGUUCAGUUUAAACCUGCAUUAAGCAAAAUAAGUGACUAAUUAAAAAGAUGGAACAGAGCUCGUUUGGCUCCUUUUAGCGGCUUGUUUUGUUUUUCUGUGUGAUGUGGUUUAAUGUUGGGAGGUGGAUUCAAGCUGGAAAGGUUCUCAAUUCGUUCCAUCUGAUAUUUCUGUGACUUUUUUGUAGUAAAACUGUCUUUGCUUACUUGUAAUAUACAUUUAUUAUCAUAUAAUUGCUGAUUUUUGUGCCCACAUGAUUAAUGGGACCUUGUUGGAGUUUGUUUUUGAUUUUUUUUUAGUUGCUAAAAGCUCCACUGUGUUCCCACUUCAUUCGUUUGAUGUUUGCCUUUUUUCUCUCUAUAAUGGCAGCCUGCUGGGGCUGAUCAGAGUUGUAGAGUGGCAUUAUGAUUCAUUUCUGCUUGUGUUUGUGAUUAUUUUUUCCUCCAUUAUUUCCUCUCUUUAUCUUAGCUCCUUGUUCUUUUGCUGCACGUCACUGCCCUGUGGUCGCCAGCUCACCUCUGGCUUUGUCUAUCAGGGUUUUUGACAAACACCUAAACAAGAAGAAAUCUUUUACACAGUUCAGAAAAUCUAAGAGGAGCUGCAGAUUUAGCUAAUAAUGGAUCUGACGCUGCAAGCUUUCUUAAAUUUUCAGUUAAUUUGUUGUAAAGGUGUCGGGUGAAAAUGCUCAUGUUCAGAUUCAUCACAGCUGUUUGUGUCUUUGUUGAUAUUCUGCCAGCAGAUUUUUAGUAGAGGCAGAAAAAAACCUCCACGGGGAACUUUUAAGCCAUCAAAUAUUGAUUCUCUUAUUGGCCUCAAACGUCCAGAAUCCAUCUGUCUAUAACCACACAGCACAUGCUGCUGCUGCUUUCUCUCACUGUAAGUACAGAAAAUGGCAGCCCAGUGAGAAAUACUCCUCUGUGCAUUGUCUGGCUUUAACUCGCCAGCUUAAAAGGCGAUUAUGCCCCCUUGUGGUCAGAAAUUGCUUAAUGCAGCUUUAACGGUUAGCUGGCUGCAGCGAGAGCUAGGAGGUAACGAUGAGAGGUGUUAGCCUGGCAGGUGCAGAAGUGAUACACGUUACCCAGAAAGCAUUGCUCCAGGCGUCAAAGAGCAUAGACGUCUGUAAUGAUUUCUUUUAUUUUCUUAUUUUUCUCUUUGACAAACAGUUUCUGAGCAGAUCUUGGUUGGAAAUCACGGCUUUUUUAUUUUUACAGCAGACACUAG